AUGACCUCCUCCACGUAUGAGCAGGUCAAGGGCUAUGUGAAAAUCGAGUCGAAUGCGUCGCUUCUAGCUGGAGGCAUUGCUGGGUCCAUCUCCCGGACGAUAGUGUCUCCAUUUGAAAGAGCCAAGAUCCUCCUUCAGCUUCAGGGGCCAGAGGCCCAGCACGCAUACAGGGGCAUGUUUCCCACGAUAUGGAAGAUGUAUAAAGACGAAGGCUGGCGUGGCUGGUUUCGAGGAAACACGCUCAACUGCGUUCGGAUCUUCCCUUAUAGCGCAGUGCAGUUUGCCGUGUUUGAGCAGUGCAAGCUCUGGCUUCUCAGGUAUAAGCCACCAGGAAAACCUGCCACUUUGACGGAACUUGAUAGGCUCAUAGCUGGCCUGGCGGGCGGAAUCGCAUCUGUGGUGACUACUUACCCACUUGACUUGGUACGUGCUCGAAUCACAGUGCAGACAGCUUCCUUGAGAAAGCUCAACAAGGGCAAGCUUGUGAAGCCUCCAGGGGUGUGGGUCACGUUGAAGGACGUGUACCGCAAUGAAGGUGGCCUCUUAGGCUUGUACAGGGGCAUUGUGCCUACUACGCUCGGCGUAGCACCCUACGUGGCGAUCAACUUUGCAAUUUACGAAAACUUGAGGGAUAGAAUGGACAACUCGCCCCGUGACUUCAGCAACCCGUUAUGGAAAUUGGGUGCUGGUGCGUUUGGCAGUCUUGUCGCUGGGGUGCUCAUAUACCCGCUUGAUUUGCUCAGAAAACGGUAUCAGGUAGCCAGUAUGGCUGGUGGAGAACUUGGCUUUCAGUACAGAAGCGUUACGCAUGCACUUGUGAGUAUAUUCCAGAAGGAGGGCUUUUCUGGGGCCUAUAAGGGUCUCACGGCCAACUUGUACAAAAUUGUGCCUUCUAUGGCGGUGAGCUGGCUCUGUUACGACACUUUGAAGCAGCAAAUCGCUAAGUGGUAG